UCAUGUCAAGUUCUUAAAGGUUGUUACAAUUGUUUUCAACUCAAAUUGGGGGGUAAUUUGGAAAAUGCCCAUAAUAGACUAUCAUUUUCACGCCCAAACAGAAAGAUAAUGAGUUACAUGGAUGAUUGCUUUGCUGGGGCGCCGCAAGACUUUCUCAUCUGUAUCACGGUGCACAAGGCCGCCAAAGUGGGCCUGGCCACGUCGGAGCUUUACGUCAAAGUCAUCCUGGAUAAGACUAGCAAGAGCACCAAGACAUUCCCAAACUCUGAGAAUCCCUUCUUUAAUGAGUACUUUGUGUUCGAGUUCCGCUGCACGCUGACUGACCUGCUCCGGAUGACCAUACUCUUCGAGCUGAAAAAGACCCAAACCCUCGUGAGGAAUGUGGUGGUUGGGGAGCUGCUGAUCGAUCUGCACAGCGUGUGGAACCAGCCGAAUCACGGAUUCUUCAAGAAAUGGGGUCGCCUAGAGCCACCCGUCGGGGAGAAUCCAGCCAGCGAUGAGGCCAGCAUUUUGCACCAUGGUUAUUUGCAGAUCGAUCUGGUCAUUGUCUCGCAGCACAGUUCGUUGGUGAAUAGCAACCCCAAUAGCAACGAGGAGCCGGACACCCAGAGCCUGAACAAGUGGACUGUGGACCAGGAUUAUGACGACAUUGAAAAGAAUCUGCUGCUGAACCCAAACUCUUACACGCCGAGCAACAUCCGCUACACUAUCGCCUUCUAUCGGGGCUUCUUCGUGCGGAAGGGCAGCUACAUGAUCCAAUACAGAUUCCAUCCUUUCACGGGCAAAACUCCGGUGGCCAAGCAGACCGCGACGCCCGUGUGGAACCACGAGAUCAGCUUUGCCUGGAUGUACCCAUCGCUGGCGCAGCGUUUCCUCAUUCUGGUGCUCGUCCACGAGCACAUCAAAUGGAAAUGUGUGGCUGAGUACGAGCUGUCCUUCGAGGAGAUUGCCUUCAAGAGCAUACCCUCCCUGGGACCCACUUACCUGCACCUGUACGAUCCCGCCAAUGCGCUGACCUAUGUGGGCCGCAUCCUGCUGGAGUUGCGCUCUGAGGAUGUGGCUGAGGAGAGGCCCUCCCAUGUGAUACUCUCUGAGGAUAUUCACGGCUUGGAUGAGUCUCGUUUUUGGAAGGAAGAAAUAUUCAUGGUGGAGUUUCUGCCAUUGCUCGGGGAUCACAUCCAAAGCAGUGCUAGCAGCUACAAAAUCUCAAUGAAGCUGGCUGAGAACACUUCCACCGUUGUGGAGGGUCCCCUUAAGACGCCAGCGGGCAAGUUCCGAUCGGCGAUGCACUCAAAAAGCUUCCGCCAGGAUGCCCCCUACAGAUCGUGCAUCCUCCGUGCCCGCCUGCCCGACAAUCGGGACAAGUACGAGAGCGACUACUUCAUGAUCGAUCUGAUAGGGUUUAUGCGCUCCGAGCUGGACACCUUUAAGGUGUUUCAGCUAAAGUCCCCGCAGCAGGACGUGAAUCAGGCCAAGUGCCUGAAGGCCAUCAUAUCCAGCAUCUUGAACAAAAUCAAGGAGGGCAUCAAGGAGCAUCGCUUCGACCACGAGAUGGAGAAUCAACGCACACCCUGGGACAUCAAUCGCCAGCUGUUUCUCGUGGAAUUCUUUGCCAAGUUGCCGCAGGAGUUGCGGCUGCUCAAGCAGGAGCUGCGCCACUGCUUUGUGGAGAACCUGGACGCCUCUGUGGCGGAUGUGGCGAACGAGUUGCAUCGCGUGGUGGACAGGAUCACGGCGUUGUCCAACAUGACGCGGCAGCAGGAUGAGUGGCCCGAUCUGCUGCUCUUCCUGAGUGCCGGCGGCAAGGAGGUAGGCGUGUGCCGCCUCAAUGCCAAGCACUUCCUCCACCUCCAUCGGCGGGAGUUGCAGCAGAACCAGUUCACACAGUGCUGGCGCCUAAAGAGCUUCGCCUUCAAGGCACUCGGCUGCAUCCACAGCUGCCCCAACUGCGGCUGCAGCACGGCCAUGAUCCUCGGCUGCAUGGGCAUCGUGGUCGAGCGGGAGCGCAAGCAAUUCCUCUCCCAGAACAUCGGCGACUGGGUCUCCAUCGAACCGAUGGUCUGGAAGACGCGUGUGGCAAGGACCUUCUUCCGCUGUCACGUGUACAUCCACCAGGCCAAAGUGCGACCCAGCGGGGAGAAGAAACACGUCGCCGACUCCCAUCUGCGGAUUCUGUUCGGGGAGCAGGCCGCCGAAACGGACACCUCCCCUGGCACUCUGUCACCCAUCUGGGAUGCCGAAAUCAUCUUCAAGUGCAUGAAUCUGCCCGGCAGUGUCGACUGGUACGUGCAGAAUCCCCCGCUGCUCUCCCUGGAGUUCUACAACAAGGAGAAAUCUCUCGCCGAUGAGCUCGUGGGCAAGGGCCAUCUGAUGGCCAGCGUGAUCAGUGGAAACCAAUUCGCAGACUCUGCCUGGGAGGAGGGUCCCCUGGGCUGGUCCAAGGGUCCCCUCUACAAGCUGCAGCGGCUGAAGCACGUCUCUCCCCCGCCCCUCAAGUGGGUGCCGCUGGCCAGAAAGGGCGCCGUCCAGGCGGAGGUUCUCAUGUCGGCCGAGUUCAUAGAGUUGCCGGAUGGAGUCAUCGAUGGCAGCAAGGAGCCCGUUCUCACCACUGGCAUUCCACAGGCCAUUCGACCGAAUGUCCUCAACUUUGUUUUGGAGGUUGUGUUCGUGGGUCUGCGCAACUACUCCAAGAGCACAAUGAGUGGAGCGGGCAAGCGGAAGAUCAAGAUCAUGAUGGGUGACCAGGUGCUCACGAGUGGCCCAUCGACUGCUCGCAUUGGCAACAGCAUCAACUUCCUGGUCGCCUAUGCCUCAGCCGUUGUGAGUCUGCCCGAUCAGCAGGAGUACUGGCCAGCCAUCAUAGCCGCCGAUGUGCUUAUCUCCGGCUUGACAACAGAAUCCGUUCUGGGUGCUGCACUCAUACCGAACUCCGGCAGCUUUCUGCAGCGAGGCAAGACGGCCAAAUGCGGCACCCAGAGCUUGGCAGCAUCCACCACUACCGCCACCACCGCACUGUCAGUGGAUGAGGAUGACAACACGGGAAUAGAGUCCUCAGUGGAAGUAGAGGACACAGAAAUGGAGUACAGCGAUGAGGAGGAGGAUGAGGAGGAGUCCCCAGCCAAGUUGAGUCGCCUUUGGAGGCGACUGUUGUUCGCUUUGGGCCUGCGACCCGCUGCCUACGCCAACAGACUGGCACUGAGGUACGGAUCCGAAGACAUGGACCACAGCGACCUCAUCUCGGAGGGACAGUUCACGUGGUGGACAAAGUUCUACAACUCGAUGUACUGGAAGGCGGCAGAGAUGACGCACGAGUACAAGCAUCGGCUGGUCAUCUUUCCCAACGAGCUGGAGAAGCAGCCACAGUUCGGCUACCUGCAGGACUGGGCCGUGCCCGUGCAGAUGGUGCACGGAGUGAAGUUCAAGAAGCAGGCACCGCCCAAGGAGGAUGCCUACGCCACGCUAAAGAUUCAGAUCAAGCUGACGCCCUGCCAGUGUGGUGCCAGGGAUGAAGGUGGAGGCGGAGACAUGAUACGUCCCCUGGCAGCUGCCACAAAUCCGCGCCAUCAGACGCUGCUCCAGUCCCUGGCCGAACCGGUGCGGCUGGCUGUCCGGGUGUAUGUGGUGCAGGGUCUGCAGAUGCGCCCGCGCGACGUGCACGACGAUUCCGACUGCUAUGUGAAGCUGCUGCUGGGCGGCAGGACGCUCUCCGAUCGGGCAGCGUACAUCCCGAACCAGAGCAAUCCCAUCUUUGGGCGCAUCUUCGAGAUGGAGGCCACACUGCCCGGCGACAGCAUGCUCCUGAUGAUGGUCUACGAUCAGGACAAGUUCCGCGACGAUAUCAUCGGUCAGACGUACAUCGAUCUGGAGGAUCGCUGGCGCAGCAAGCACCGUGCCACGGUGGGCCUCGCACAGGAGUACUCGCGGGCAGGCUACAACCAGUGGCACGACGUCAGCCUACCGUCCGAGAUACUCAAGAACCUGUGCCAGCAGCGGGGCAUUCAGCCGCCCUACUACUACGGCAAUGUGGUCGAAGUGGAUGGUCUGCUCUUUGGCGAUGAAACAACUAUAGCAAGGGGGGAGGAGCUGCACGAACGCCUCAGCCUGACAGUGUUGAAAAACAUUGAGAAGUUACCCUCCUUUGGCUACAAACUCGUGCCUGAGCACGUGGAGACGCGGUCCCUCUACCGCGAUGAUUAUCCCAAUGUCGAGCAGGGCAAGCUCCAGCUGUGGCUAGAGCUGUUUGAGGCCAACACAUACAUUCCAUUUCCAGUGGACAUCACACCCGUGCCACCCGCUGCGUACGAGAUUCGUGUUGUGGUCAAAAAUCUGCGAGGCAUCCAGGCGGGCGACAGAAAUGUUUUUGGCAAACUAAUGAGCGACCUCUUCGUGACGGGCUGGUGCCAAGAUAUAGACAAGCGCCAAUCAACCGAUAUCCAUUACCGUUCAUUUACCGGCGAUGCUGCCUUUAAUUGGCGCAUGAUAUUCCCCAUGAUGUACUCCCCCAAUGAGGACAUGAUGGUCUUCCGUCGCCGUGGCGGAUUGUUCGAGGAGAUUGAGAUCAAGCGACCGCCUGUUGUCUAUCUGCAGAUUUGGGACAGAGACAUGAUAAAACGCAACGACUAUUUGGGCUCCCUGGAGCUGAAUCUCUCCAACAUGCCCAUGCCAUAUGAGACGGAGCGGCAGUGCAGGGCCUAUGCCAAUCAGCGCCAGCGACUGAAUCUCUUCCAUCGCAGGUCCAUCCAAGGCUGGUUCCCCGUGGAGAGUGCCAAGCCAAAGUCUGGUCUGCCCGUCACCUCAACAAAUGGCAAAAUGGAACUGGAAAUCGAUGUCUGCACAUCGGUGCAGGCCUCAAAUCAACCCGCUGGCCAUGGCCACGAUCCACCCAUGGCAUUGGAGAGGCCCAAUCGCCCAAACACAGCCUUCAAUCCGCUGACGCAUCCCUUCAAGUCCUUCCAGUACAGUCUGUGGCCCUCCAUAAGGAAAUAUGUGCUGUGGAGUGUUCUCGUCAUAAUAGUUAUCAUGGGACUAGUUCUAUAUAUUUUCGAAAUCCCAAGCAAACUUAUGGCCAUUCCCUUACUGUGA